ACCAAAAAAUAAUUGUUAAACAAUUUUCGGGAAAGGAAAAGAACAAAUUGAACGGCAGAGAGUAAACACGGGAAUUAACAAAUUUAUAUGAAAAAUAGAACGAGAAGUUGCGCAGCGGAGCGGAAAAGGGGGUAACGGAAGUCCAGGGGGAAAGCGACGAAAAACUACGGACGACGAGAGACCUCGAGAAAAUCAGCAGGGCAAUAUCAAUUCGAGUGUUUGUGCGAAUUGAUUACAAAAAUAAAGGUAUUUCGAGAGGUGAGCGAUAGAAAACGAUAAAAAAAAAAAGACAGCGAACCGCGUGUGCGCCUGGCGAGGAUUAGGAGUUCCGAAUCCGCCGGAGUGGGGCCAGAACCCCACCUGCGAUAUGUGAUCAGUGGGGCUCCGCGGAGGUUUAUGCAAUGUUCUAGCUCUCGGCGAGGCGGAGGAGAAGCAGGAGGAGAAGCAGGAGGAGGAGCAGAAGGAGCAGCCGGCCAGAUGACUGUGACCACGAUGGAGGCACAGGUCAAGGCAGCACACCAUCAUCAUCAUCUACACGGCGGCGGGGGAGCCCAGCACAAGGAGGAGGAGGAGGCGGCGGAGGAUCCGGGUCACGUUCGAGAUGAGGACGAGAUGACCCUGCUGCUGGCCAACAAGAACUAUCACUAUGACGUCGCCUCCGACCUGGACGACGAGGCCUUUGUGGAGCUCAAGCCAGCGGAUGUGGCCGGCGCAGCAGCCAGCUUCUACAAUCCCGACGAGCUGCUCCUCGAACAGGCUGGGCAGCCGCAUCCACAGGUCACCUGGCUGGACGACGAUGAGAUCGAGACGCUGGAUCGCGUCACCCUGGACAUGGGCAACAUGUUCUUCAAUCGCGUCGACAGCCAGGACAUCAUCUAUCAGCAGAAAAAGAAGAACAUCAAGAUGGUGGGCAAGUACAUCAUGGGCGAUGUCCUCGGCGAGGGUUCGUACGGCAAGGUGAAGGAGGCCAUGAACUCGGAGAACCUCUGCCGGCUGGCCGUCAAGAUCCUGACCAAGCGCAAGCUGCGCCGCAUCCCCAAUGGCGAGCAGAACGUGACGCGGGAGAUUGCCCUGCUGAAGCAGCUGAAGCACACGAAUGUCGUCCAGCUGGUGGACGUUUUGUACAACGAUGAGAAGCAAAAGAUGUACCUGGUGAUGGAGUACUGCGUCGGCGGGCUGCAGGAGAUGGUGGACUACCAGCCGGACAAGCGGAUGCCGCUGUUUCAGGCCCACGGCUACUUUCAGCAGCUGGUUGAUGGGCUGGAGUAUCUGCACAGCUGCCGGGUGAUCCACAAGGACAUCAAGCCGGGCAACCUGCUGCUCUCCCUCGAUCAGACGCUCAAAAUAUCCGACUUCGGCGUGGCCGAGCAACUGGAUCUGUUCGCCCCGGACGACACGUGCACGACGGGCCAGGGAUCGCCGGCCUUCCAGCCGCCGGAGAUCGCCAACGGACACGAGACCUUCGCCGGCUUCAAGGUGGACAUCUGGAGCAGCGGAGUGACACUCUACAAUUUGGCCACUGGACAGUAUCCCUUCGAGGGUGACAAUAUCUAUCGACUGCUGGAGAACAUCGGGCGAGGUCAGUGGGAGGCGCCCGAUUGGCUCUACGAGAUGGACGCAGACUUUGCCAAUCUGAUCCUGGGCAUGCUGCAGGCGGAUCCCAGCAAACGCCUCUGCCUGCAGGAAAUACGCCACGACACUUGGUUCAGAUCCAAACCGCUGAAGACCGGCCCACCGAUACCCAUUCCCCCGCUGAAGGGCGACAAAUACCGCAGCUCCACGGUGAUACCCUACCUGGAAGCUUACCAUUACGGCGAUCAGGACCAGGAGGACGUCUACUUCACCGAGCACGACGUCAAUCAGGAGCUCGCCCGCCAAGCGGCAGCUGCUGCCUCCGAGAUCCGGGCCAACAAAUCGGCGGCAGCCCAGGCCGCCUGUCACCCGUAUGAGCCGCCUUCCACGAGUGCUGCCGCCGCCGCCUCCGGAAAUUCCCUGGGCAACGGCAGUAGGGAGGAGGGGGCGGCGCCGCCGGUGAAGAAAAAGGGAUCGGCCCUGAAGCGACGCGCCAAGAAGCUGACGUCCUGCAUCUCUGUACGCAAACUGAGCCACUGCCGGACUUCGUAGGCCACUAAACUUAGAUGCUAAGCGUAAACGAGAGGAAUAACUUUGUUAACAAAUUGUGAGGAACUUUUUGGUUUUGUUUUCCCGUUUUUUGUUGUCCUACAUUCGCCAAGUAUUUGUAAACAUUGAACCAGGAGCUCCACCAGUUGGCCUAGCCGCUUCUGGGAGCGAUCGGCCUGCAAGAAAGCUAAAUAUCCAUGUGACAAUACUGUGUAUUAUAUGAAACAAAUGAAAGCGUAAA